AUGACGACAAUCCACAUCCGCUUUCCAGUUUUUCGCUCACUGUUUUGGCGCGUCUUGUCAGAUUUGUGAUGCGGUACCUUUUUUAUUGUUUACAGGUUUGCAUGUAACAGCUGGUUGGAGGUAAACGGGGCUAAUCAAGAUGAAUUGUGAAAUUUUAGCUACCUGUAGUGCGCUUGGUUACCUGGAGGGAGACAAUUAUCACAAGGAAAGUGAUUGUUUGGAGAGCGUGAAGGAUCUGAUCCGGUAUUUACGCCAUGAAGACGACUCCCGGGAUGUCCGGCGGCAGCUGGGGGCUAGCCAGAUCCUUCAGAAUGACCUCCUCCCUCUUAUUGUUCAGUAUCGACAAGACAAAGCCUUAUUUGAUGCAUGCAUUAGGCUCAUGGUCAACCUGACUCAACCUGCUGUGUUGUGUUUUGGAAAAGUCCCGGAUGAUCCAGUUUUCACACAUCAUUUCAUGGAAGUGACAUCUCAUUUACAAGCUUAUAAAGAGGCAUUUGCCAGCGAAAGAGUGUUUGGAGUUUUAAGUGAGACGUUGUACAACUUUCUGCAGCUUGACUGGGAGCAAAGACAGGAAGAAGAUAACCUUCUGAUUGAGAGGAUUUUGCUUUUAGUCAGGAAUGUACUUCAUGUCCCUGCAGACCCUUGUGAGGAGAAGAAGGUGGAUGAUGACGCCAGUAUUCAUGACAAGGUUCUGUGGGCCGUUCAUAUGAGCGGAUUUGAUGACCUGGUCAAGUUCCUUGCGUCGGCUCAGAGCGAGCAGCAGUGGAGUAUGCACGUGUUGGAAAUAAUAUCCCUCAUGUUCAGAGAUCAGACUCCAGAACUCCUGGUGAGCGCCGGUCAUUCCCGCUCAGCAGAAGAGAAGCAGAGAGACCUGCAGGAACUGGAGGCGCUGAGGCAGAAGGAGAAUGCAGAGAAACGCUCGAGAACGUUACAGAGAGGAACCAGACACUCUCGCUUCGGUGGCUGUUUUGUCGUUCAGGGCUUAAAGGCAAUCGGGGACAAUGAUGUCAUUUAUCACAGAAGGCUUCACAAAUUUAAAAGUUACACUCAUGACGAAGGCAAAGCAGUGAGGCGUGUUCCCAAGAGAAAUCAAAGAGCCUUGGAGUGCAAAGACAAACCUCGUUCCGCCUUAAACGUCCGUCUCUUCCUGCGUGAGUUUUGUGUGGAUUUCUUGGAGAACUGCUACAAUCGACUCAUGUAUCUCGUUAAGGAGAACCUGAUCCGAGAGCAGACCCAGCAGCACGAUGAGACCUAUUACCUGUGGGCGCUCAGCUUCUUCAUGGCUUUCAACCGUGGUAACGAUUUCCGCGCCGACUUGGUUUCUGAGACCAUGUCUAUCCGCGCUUUUCAUUUCAUCGAACGCAACGUCACCAACUACUAUGAGAUGCUGCUAACGGACCGCAAGGAGGCCACUUCCUGGUCUCGCAGGAUGCAUUUGGCAUUAAAGGCAUAUCAAGAACUACUGCUAACUGUGAACGAGAUGGACCGCUCCCACGACGAAAGCAUCCGGCAGAGUUCAAAUGUUAUUAAAAGUAACAUUUUCUACAUGAUGGAGUUCAGGGAAAUCUUCCUGACCUUGCUGAGAAAAUACGAUGAAACCAAGCAGCCUCUUACUUACCUCAAAGACCUGGUGGAGACCACACAUCUCUUCCUGCGCAUGUUGGAACGCUUCUGCAAAGGACGCAAAAACCUGGUUGUGCAGAAGAAGCGAGUGAAGCGGAAGAAGUCUCACAAUAGAAAAAAGCAGUUGGUUGCAGAAACGAGUUCAGAAGCCCUCGCUGAGACCUGGAAGAUUGUGGAGGAAGAGCUGAGGGCUUCAGGGUUUCAGCUGUCGGAGUCCUUAACUGGAAGCAUCGUACCUUUUGACGCCGCAUCUGAAAUUCCCCUGGAGGAGCAGCGUAUCGAGGCGAUGGUUCGCGUGCAAGACGCUCUGCUGGCUCACACCGGACCAGAAGCUCUGGCGCUGCUGCGAGCUGCCAGGGAGGUGUGGCCUGACGGUAACGUGUUCGGUUCCUCUGAUGUUGAGCCCGAAGAAGAACUUGAACUUCUGAAGGAGAUCCUCCAUGCCAAUCUGCCAAGAUCAACCACUGAGACGUUGGUUGAGGAGGAGGAUGAUGGAGCUGAGUUUGAAGAGGAGGAGUUGGAGUCCAUCCAAGUUUCAGAAACAGAUUUCAACUUUAAAGAUUUUAUCAAGAGGUUUGCCAACCCCGGCAUCGUGCGUCCGUACCUCUUCAUGUUGAGAACAUACUCCAAAAACACACCUCACACCAACCACUGCGUUGUUCGGAUGCUUCACCGCCUGGCGGUUGACCUCAAAAUGGACGCUCUGCUUUUCCAGCUGUCAGUCUUUCACCUUUUCAACAAAAUCCUGAGCGACCCAGCUGCUGAGGCCUACAAGGAACUGGUGACCUUUGCCAAGUACGUGCUGAACCGUUUCUUUUCCGUGGUUGCACAAAACAACAAAGCUUUCGUUGAACUGCUCUUCUGGAAGAAUGUUGGGGCUGUUCGCGAGAUGACUGAAGGCUACAGUAAAGAUGGGGAGGGAAAGAAAGUGGCAUGGAGCGAGGAGGAUGAAGAGGAGCUGCGUACGCUCUACAUGGAGCAUCGAGACUCUGACGUACCAGACAUCGUGGAGACCCUGCUGCCUCUACUGAGCAACAACAGCCGCACCCGGAGGCAGGUGGUGACCCAACUAGUGCGCAUGGGCCUUGUGGUCAACGCUAAAGAGCUGAAGAAGCAGAGGAAAGGGACUGGAAUAGUUCUGUGGACAGAGGAUCAAGAGGAAGAACUGCAGAUGCUCUUUGAAGAAUUCAAAGACUCUGAUGAUGUUCUGGGGAACAUCAUGAAGAAAGUGACAGCCAAGCGUUCUCGUGCACGUGUGGUGGACAAGCUGCUCAGCCUGGGCCUGGUGUCUGAGAGACGAGAGCUUUACAAGAAGAGGCGCAGAGCUCCAGGGAAGAGCUCCGGAGUGGGAAUGACAGAGGAGGAGUUCUUAUCUGGACUCACACAAGACUCUCCGGAUGAUUCUGUGGGAGGACAUGAUGAUGAUGAGGAGGAGGAGGAUGAUUCUGAAGACAGUGAAGAAGAUGAAGAGCAAGAGCACAAAAAUUCACAAAAUGUUGUAAAAAGGAGUCAGAGCUCUCAUGUCGGAGUGGACAGAAGAGCGGAUGUAGGCGCCAUUGUGAACUCUUUGAUGCAGGAAGGCAUGUCUGGACCAUUGCUGUGGAUACAGAAUUGCCUGAAUAAAACAGCAAAUGAUCGCGAGGACGAUGGCUUGUCUCAGCCCGUUCCUCUCGUCCCGCUGUCUGAGGAAAACGAAGAAGCGAUGGAGAACAAAACCUUCCGGAAGCUUCUGGGCAAACUGGGAAUGCGAGCUCCUGCAAAUGAACAAGAGACCUUCUGGAGGAUCUCGGACAAGCUGAGUCCGCUUCAGCUCCGGAGUGCAGCGGCAGCUUUAACUCCAGGAGAGGACAAAGCAGAAUGCUCAGAAGGACUGAGCGCAUCCAACGCAGAAGAAGAUGAAGAUGAGAAAGACACUUCAGGAGAACAGAGAGCUCAGGCUCUGAGGGCUCUGCUGCUCGCACGGAAGAGAAAGAACCAGACCAAGGACGCAGAUGCUGCGUCAGAUUUGAAUUCUGAUGAAGACUUGAACAGCGUUACUAAGAGCAGAUCCCAGGAGGAGAAGACCACAACUAAAAGAAGCAGAAGUGGACUUUCAGAUGAUGAAGAUGAGAUGGAAAAUGAGCUGGACUCCAGCGCCGCAGUGAACAUGGACGCAGAUGCAGGAGAAGAUUCAGACGGGGAAGAUAUUUCUGCUCCUGUAAAACGACGGCGAAAAAUGCUCUUAAUAGAUGACGAGGAUGAUGAGGAUUAGUGAUGGUCUUUAAUGGACUGCAAAGAGUCUCUUGUGUCCUCAGCGCCACAAAGCUUUCUGGAAUGUUGCAGCUCAGACUGUGACCAUUUAGUACCAAAACCUGAAGUAAUGAGAGCCAGACAAGUUAUAUUGAUGUCUGCUUUUACUUACGUUUUUUCAUAUGAGCAGAUUAUUGUUGUAGUUUUUGUUCUCUAUUAGUAUUUUCUCUGUCACUUCAAUGUAAUGUUGAGAAAAUGGUGCCUUCUGUGUAAAUUGAGUUACUCUGUUUUCUUUAUUAAGUGGUUUUAUUGUUCUAUUUUCUAAUAUCUUUACUUUGAUUCCACAAUAAAGUUCAAGCUUCUCUUUGUA